AUGAAGCGCUUCAGCCGAGCCCUCUCGCGAGGGAAGGGCGAUAGUAAAUCCUCCAAGAAAAAUAAGGAUGCUAAGGAUGGAACAGCUUCGCCCUCUUCUAGCGGUUCACGAGAGAACCAGUCGCCUGUAUUGACUCCCUCUUCGUCUACAUCGACCUUGAACGACAUUAGAAAUAAACCUCUUCCCCCCAACAAUGCUGGAACACACGGCGGUGAUCAUAGUAACCCUACUUUACAAGGCCAGGCCGGUCAGGCGCCUGGUCAGGGUGCUGCCCCCGAUAGAUUCGGCAAUUUGGGAUCUCAGCAGGCGCCAAAUGGCGCAGCUACCCCUUCUCGACAUGGCACUCUUCCGCCUACUGUGGUCAUUAGCCCUAGUGCUCCACACAUUCCACCUCCCGGUGCAGCUGAAACAAUGCCGCACGACCUCGCACCACCUAAGGCCGGCCAGAAGUCGUUAAUGUUCGAUCGUCUCCACCAGACACCGAAGGACGUCCCCGAGGGCCUCCGAACGCCUCGAAGACAGAACUCGUCGCGAUUCGAUAUAUCGACGCAUCGAGAGCUUGAGAAGCUUCCGGGAUUCCACGAAGUAUCACCCAACCGUCGACAGGAACUUUUUAUGCAGAAGAUUGACCAGUGUAAUGUCAUCUUUGACUUUAAUGAUGCUAGUGCCGACAUAAAGUCCAAAGAAGUCAAGCGUCUAGCUCUGCAUGAGCUACUUGAUUACGUAGCCAACAACCGCCAGGUCAUCACAGAACCUAUGUACCCCCGAGUUGUUGAAAUGUUCUCCAAGAACUUGUUCCGACCGAUCCCCCCACCAAUGAACCCCCAAGGCGAGGCAUUCGAUCCCGAGGAAGACGAGCCUGUCCUUGAAGUCGCCUGGCCUCAUAUUCAGGUCGUCUAUGAGUUCUUUUUAAGGUUCAUCGAGAGCCAAGACUUCAACACGAACAUCGCAAAGGCUUACAUCGACCAUAGCUUUGUGCUUCAACUCUUGGAACUAUUCGACUCGGAGGAUCCGCGUGAGAGAGACUUCCUCAAGACGACUCUGCAUCGAAUUUAUGGGAAGUUCCUGAACCUUCGUUCUUUCAUAAGACGUUCGAUCAACAACGUCUUCUUCCAGUUCACUUAUGAGACUGAGAGAUUCAAUGGCGUGGCCGAACUUCUGGAGAUUUUAGGAUCUAUUAUUAAUGGAUUUGCUCUACCCCUCAAGGAAGAGCACAAGCUAUUUCUUACCAGAGUGUUACUGCCUCUCCACAAAGUUAAGAGUCUUAGCAUGUACCAUCCUCAGCUGGCGUACUGCAUUGUCCAAUUCUUGGAAAAAGAUGCAUCCCUAACUGAAGAUGUUGUACUUGGCCUUCUUCGUUAUUGGCCUAAGGUUAAUAGCACGAAGGAAGUUAUGUACCUCAACGAGGUAGAAGACAUUUUCGAGGUAAUGGACCCCGCCGAAUUCGCCAAGGUUCAGGAGCCCCUGUUCCACCAACUCGCAAAAUCUGUUGCGAGCCCGCAUUUCCAGGUCGCCGAGCGGGCUUUGUACUUUUGGAACAACGAGUAUUUCUGUAAUCUCGUGAGCGACAAUGUCGAGAUCAUCCUACCUAUCAUGUUUGCGCCGCUGUAUGAGAACUCCAAAGGACACUGGAAUAGGACAAUCCACGGAAUGGUGUACAACGCGAUGAAGCUAUUUAUGGAGAUUAACCCGCAGCUUUUUGAUGACUGCUCGCACGAGUAUACGGAGCAGCAAAAUAAUGCUGCUGCGAGGGAAGCUCUUCGCGAGAAGAAAUGGGCGGCUAUUGCGGACCAGGCCAACAAGAGGAAGUCUAACGGCGCGUCUGGGAAUGGUCACCCAGCCACAAAAGUGAACAUACUGCCACGAGUUGAUGAGUCUGAUACGGUUACGGAGGAUAACCAGAAAAGGCUAGAUUCGCUGAAGCUACAGGAUGCCGAUCGAGGUAGCCGUCGUCCGAAUGCCCACGAACGACAGGGUUCGACGGGAUCUGCAAGAAGCCGAUGA